UGGUGCACGCUGCUCAGGCUCCUUGCUGGCGCUGCUGCCUACAUUCCUACCGUCUCCGCCGCGCCGUGUGCCCAGGCAUCGAGACUUGGCUAGCAGCAUUGGUCAAACUGCUGCUAUAGCUGCUUCCGAUGGCUGGCAGCAGAGGAAGAGGGCGCGCUGCCUAUUCCUUUAAUAUUGAAGCUGUUGGGUUCAGCAAAGGGGAUAAGUUACCUGACGUCGUGUUGAAGCCUCCCCCGCUGUUUCCUGAUACAGAUUAUAAGCCAGUGCCCCUGAAAACGGGAGAAGAUGAGGAUUACAUGCUGGCCUUGAAGCAGGAGCUGAGGGAAACAGUGAAACGAUUGCCUUACUUUAUUGAAACACCCGAAGAAAAACAAGAUGAUAUUGAAAGGUACAGCAAACGAUACAUGAAAGUCUAUAAAGAAGAGUGGGUACCAGAUUGGAGAAGAUUUCCAAGAGAGAUGAUGCCAAGGAAAAAAUGCAAAAAAGGGGAUCCAAAAUCCAAAGCGGCCAAAGCAGCAGGGAAGGGCACUUCACUCAUUAGUUCUGCAGAUGUGUUGAAAAAGAUUGAGGAACUGGAAAAGAGAGGCGAGGGUGAAAGAUCGGAUGAAGAAAACGAAGAAAAAGAAGGAAGCAAAGAGAAAGAUGAGGAGGAGGACGGCGAGGAGGACGAGGAGCAGGAGGAGUAUGAUGAAGAGGAGCAGGAGGAGGAGAAUGACUACAUUAAUUCGUACUUCGACAACGGGGAUGAUUUUGGUAUAGACAGCGACGACGACAUGGAUGAGGCCACCUACUACUAGCCACGGGAGCCCCAGAUGUUUGGCGGAUUCAGCUUCAAGCAUUUGAAUCGACUUUAUUUUGGAUAAGGAUUAAGUCCGUGUAUUUUCUGUUGUUCAGUGUUCCAUCUGACAAAUUUGUAUCCAAUUCUUCAGAACGACUUUGUGUUUACACCCCAUGACCUUCCUCCAUUACCUCUGCCACACCCCCGAUUAUGCAGUGCAGUUGUGGGGUUCUCUGGGUUUUGUUUGAUCUGGAUUUGAAUGUUUCUGAAGAGUUUUAGUAUCACUCUGGCUCACCUGCUGACCUUUGGUAAAAACUGUUACUCGUCAUAGCAGAUUUCUCUUAAUACUGCACGUGGGGCACUUUAAAAACAAACUGGAUAAUGA